AAACUUGUGAGAGAUUUGGUGGUGCAAUUCAGAGACCAAAAAUCAUGGUGGUUUCUGGAGCUGGUGGAGGAGGAGGUUGGGGAAACACCAAAGCCCUCACCCUCCAAGUCCUCAAUGGAAGGUGGUUCAUGAUGUUUGCUUCUCUUUUGAUCAUGUCAGCUGCUGGAGCCACCUACAUGUUUGGCAUAUACUCCGCUGACAUCAAAUCUGUGCUUGGCUAUGACCAAACUACCCUCAAUCUCCUCAGCUUCUUCAAGGACCUGGGUGCCAAUGUUGGUAUCCUUUCUGGUCUUAUCAACGAGGUCACUCCCCCAUGGGUGGUCUUAUCAAUUGGUGCUGUGCUCAACUUUUUUGGGUACUUCAUGAUUUGGAUGGCUGUGACCAAAAAAAUUGCCAGGCCCCAAGUUUGGCAUAUGUGCCUUUACAUUUGUAUAGGUGCAAAUUCUCAGUCUUUUGCAAACACUGGCGCUCUGGUCACUUGUGUGAAAAAUUUCCCAGAAAGCCGUGGGGCUGUUUUGGGGAUUUUGAAGGGCUACGUAGGGCUCAGUGGUGCUAUAAUCACACAGUUAUAUUUUGCUUUUUAUUAUGAUGACACCAAGGCUUUGAUUUUGUUGAUUGGGUGGCUUCCUUCUGUCAUUUCUUUUGCCUUUCUGCGUACAAUUCGGAUCAUGAAGGUCACUAGGCGACCCAAUGAGCUCAAAGUGUUUUUUAAUAUGCUGUAUAUCUCACUUGGGCUUGCUGGGUUUUUGAUGAUCAUGAUCAUAGUAGAAAAGAGUGUGACAUUUAAUCAAAGUGAGUAUGGUGCAAGUGCUGCCAUGGUUAUUUUCUUGCUUGUCCUCCCACUUGCUGUGGUUAUUAUUGAGGAGUUUAAGAUCUGGGAAGGCAAGAAAGUUGAGUUGAACGGCGGUUCAGACUUGAAAAUAGUUACGGAGAAGCCUCAACCAGAAGUCACGUCUGAUGAUCAGUCACGACCCAGGGAAACGCUCGCCACCACCACAACUGAGGCCGAACCACCCACCGCGUCGUGUUGGAAAACCAUGUUUAGGCCACCAGACAGAGGUGAGGACUACACCAUACUGCAAGCACUUUUCAGCAUUGACAUGCUCAUUCUUUUCAUGGCAUGCAUUUGUGGUGUUGGAGGCACGUUGACAGCAAUAGACAACUUGGGUCAGAUUGCAACUUCUUUGGGUUACCCAAAACGCAGCGCAAGCACUUUUGUGUCACUAGUGAGCAUAUGGAAUUAUCUGGGUCGAGUCGUGUCGGGUUUCGGGUCUGAAAUCUUAUUACAAAGAUACAAAUUCCCUCGUCCUCUCAUGUGUUGGAAAAUGGCUCACAUUUAG